CCGACUCAUCAGCGCAGGCCAGCCCCGUUACAUCACAGCCGCUCCUCUCCAGCCAGCGAGCCAUAAAAAUGUGGGGUUGUGUCUUGGGUUUAGCCCGGGUGUGCACUUGGAGUGACGGGUCUCGUCAGGAGCUGAGGUGGUGAAGAGGAUCCCAGCUCCGGUCCGAGAGGAUGGUUUGGACAUUUGUCUUUGUUCUGCUGGGCUCCAGCUGUCGGGCAGAGGGAACCAAUGCCGGCCUGAAAGGCAGAAUAACGCAGAGGGGCCUGGAGUACGGUCAGCAAUUCGGCCUGGAGGCGGUGAAGUCACUGCUGAAGAAGAAGUACAUCCCGGAUCUGAAUGGCUCAUACAACAUCCCUCUCCUCGGGGACGUGGGCUAUUCCGUGUCCAGGAUCCAGAUUCAAGAGCUGCAGCUGAAUGAGUCUGUCGUAAGCUUCUCUGAGGGGACAGGCGUGAGGCUCGUGGUCAGCAGUGCCCGCGUCCAGCUCCACGGUGUCUGGCGAGUGAAAGUCCUGUUCGUACCCGACAGCGGCUCCUUUGACCUGAGCGUGAGCAACCUGUCCCUCUCCACCGAGCUGGGGGUGAGCAGGGAUGACAGUGGCCGUCCCCAGGUGUGGAGCACCAACUGCCGCUCCAGCAUCGGGAGGCUGGAUGUGAAGUUCCAUGAUGGAGCCAGCUGGCUUUACAAUCUGUUCUCGGGGGCUCUCCAGGCACCCCUGCGGUAUGAAGUCAAUAGGCAGCUCUGUCCUGAGCUCGGGAAAGGGAUCAGUGAUCUGCAGCGAGUCCUGAAGACCAUGCACGUCUCAGCCCAGAUCGACCCAUUUGCUGCAAUUGACUAUUCCUUGGUGAACAAGCCAGUGAUUGCCAGGGAGCAUGGAGACAUGGACCUGAAGGGCGAGUUCUAUGGCGUGGGCAAGCACAGGGAGAGCCCCUUCUCCCCUGCCCCCUUCUUGCUGCCUGACGAGGGUGACCACAUGCUGCUUCUCGGCCUCUCCGAGUUCUCGGCCAACUCGGCUGCGUUCGUCUACUUCACGGCGGGGGCCUUGCGGAAAAACUUCAGGGAUGACAUGAUCCCGAAGCGCUCCCCCAUCCGGCUGAACACCGGGAGCGUGGGGCUCUUCUUCCCAGAGCUGAGGAAGCUCUACCCCGACAUGCCCAUGGAGCUGCACCUGUCUGCCCGCAAGCAGCCGCUGCUGACCUGCCACCCGGACAGCCUGGCCCUGGCCUUGUUCGGCACAGCCGAGGCCUUCGUCGUCCUGCCAAACGCCACUCUGGCCUCAGCCUUCCUGCUGGACCUGGAUGCCAGCCUGGCGGGGCAGCUGCAUCUCGACUCAGCCAAAGUCGGGGGCUCUGUGGCUCUGACUGACUUCAGCCUGUCCGUGGUGUGGUCCCACGUCGGCUCGGUGCAGGUGAAAACUCUGGAGACCCUGCUGAAGCUUGCGCUGCGGAUGGUUGCAUUGCCGAUGGCGAACAAGAAGCUGAAGAAAGGAUUCCCCCUGCCCAGCAUCUAUAACCUCAGCCUGGUGAAUCCCCAUGUCAAAAUCAACCAGGGAUUUGUGUUGGUAGCCACAGAUGUGCAGUACAAGGCUUGAGCUGCCAUGGCUGGGUAGCCCCUUCGGCGAGAGCCGCUGCCCUACAGGAGAACACAUACAGCCCCUGGCUCCCCUCGCCCCCUGCAUCCUGCUGCUGCCUACCCUGGAGCCAGCCUGGAAACCAGGGCCAGAGGGGGGAUUUUGUGUUACUUUAAGUAAAACUGAUUUUUUUAUGCCCUCAA